AUGGGAACGGCGGCGGUCCUGGACGCCCAGAAGAAAGACGAAAGGCGGAAGGAGCUCGACCGACAGCUCGAGGAGGCGAGGGCAGAGUUCAGGAUGCUCGUGGAAAAUGCACCAUCCCACCUUCCUCGCGAACGGGUGCCGGAUGCAUGCAUUGCGCCGUCCCACCUCCUUCUCGAACUGGCACCAGAUGGAAGCAUUACCAACCGAUACAAGGGCGCGUUGGAGAGGUAUAAGAAACAACCAGAGGAGAUUGCCGAGUUUUUCGACUCUUUGGGGCCUACGCCUGAAUGGCCCCGGGUCUCGCCAAGGUCUAGGCAGGUGAAGGAUAUAUGGCAUCAAUACCGACUCCAACCCCAAAUGAAUCGGUCGUACACUGUUGUGGAUACCGACUAUGAGUUGCUCGCCCGUUUCAUCAGAUCGGAGGAGAAAAUGACCCGAAUUCAGCACCGCAUUCCAAAAACGUCACAGCAACUGGAAGUCGCGGAGAGAAAAAUGCGGCUCUUGGUGACCAGCUUACUCAGUACAGACGAAGCUAGGGGACGACACGACAAGACAAGGCCCGAAAAGUGCGACUCGGAAGCCUUACAACAAGUGAUCGCCGAUUUGUGUAAGAGAGAGCACCCACACUACGACGUGGAUCUGGAUCCCAAUGCUGUCAGCGAAUGCAAUGCCGAUUUAAACAGGUCCUUGAGAGACAUCUUUGCGGAGGCGCAGCCAUCAAAUAUCAAGUUGACGAUUAUGAAGGUGUGCUACAACCUUCUCGUCGCGUCACAGCCUCCUACUAUUCACACAUACAACACUCUGAUACACGGCUUCAGUGCCGCUGGCCUCCAUUACCCAGCCUCGCGUGUGGUCAAGGCUUUUCUGCAUUCUACGGUUGAGCCGACGCAGAGCACACUCGUUUGUCUCCUGAAUCACUUCAAGGAGGCAAAUGACAGUGAAGGCUUCUACAAAAUCAUCGAGCGCAUGACUGGCAAAGACCGCCGGGGCGUCAAUAUUCGGAGAAAGUCUGUUGAACAAGUGCACGCGACCGACUCGCUGCAUAAAUGGGCAAUGACGAAAGAUAUCGCCGUCAAUCGAGACUACUUGAUUGAGAGGGCUUGGUUCGACGUUCGGGUUUUUGCUGCCAUCAUCGAAGGCAUGCUGAGGUUUGGCUACCUGAGGUAUGCCGCGGACACAAUGGCGCUGGGUCUCAAUCUUGGAAUCGCGUUCAGCAUGCAGACGAUAAGGACAGUUCUCAAUUCUUGCGUUCUUGAGCUGGACCCCAAGCCCGCGAUGGUCAUUCUGAAAGCACUCGCGUUCAGACACAGUCUUAUCGAGGCAAAGUUCUCGAAAAUAACCCAUCAGGAGUAUAUUGCGCGACGGGUUCAGAGCUUACUGUAUAUUUGCGGCUUGUUCGGCAUAUCGCCGGCCACUGUGGUCCCAAGCGUAGAGGCUGUUCCUGCUUCGAUGUUACUGUCCGAACGCCACAAAAGGGGCUUGGAUAUCGCCCGCAUUACUCGGGCAGUUGACGAGUCGGAGAUCAAGUUAGGAUUUUUCAGAUCUUCACUGGCCGUCGUACUAAAAUGUUUGGCCGAUUGUCAGUCGGGCGACAAAUCACCAACACCGUCUGGCUCGCAUUUGCGGCCCUGGAGACGUUUGACCAAGGCCGCGAUUGCGACGGCGCCCAACCUUGGCAACAUCGAAGUAGCCAAAGGAGUCGAAACGAGUGAAGAGGUGCGAGAGACGGUGACUAUCUCCAGCAACGACAAGACGACGGACAGCCGGGACAAAGCCGACGACGCCUGUGCUGGCUUUGAAGAUCAUUUCGAGCCAGCGAGGAGCAAACCGGCCCAUAGAAAUUUGGAAGCUGCGGCGAGUUUUUGA